UUGACAAAUCUAUUCCCCGACGAGGACGGCUCCCUGAACUACAUUUCCUGGAUCUUCUUCGCCGUUCCGCUGAUGUUGUGCUGUCUGAUGGCCUGCUGGACGACGUUGUGGCUUUUUUCCUUCGGGAUGCUCCCGAAGAAGACGAGCACGUCACCAAGAUGCUGCACGAUCGCUAUGAGAAGUUGCCGAGGACGAGUUACGCGGAAAAGUCGGUGAUGUUCUGCUCGCGCUGUUGCUGGCGUUGUGGAUGGGCAGGAACUGGGAUUGUGCCGGGAUUCGGAAAUAUUUUGCGAAGGUUUAUUUCGCGAUUUUACAGAUUCUAUACUGAUGCGACGUCCGCAAUCUUGGUGUCAAUGUUGUUGUUCGUACUGCCCGCCGAGCAGCCGGAUUCGCUGAGGAUACUGAAGCCAGAAGAGGUGAAGAAGGGCCGCCCCGACUCAUGGAUUGGCCGGCCAUGCAAAUUCCCUUUCCGUGGAGCGUCGUUUUGUUGUUGGGCGGAGGGGUUCGCGUUGCUGUUAGCG